UAGAUGGUGAAGGGCUAACUGUACAUGGUGAAAGGGUGGUGGGAUCAUGCCUGUAAAUAAACUGCAUCUGUGGUUACUAACCCCAGGGUCUUAGAGUGACUUUGUGGACCUAGCAGAGGCAGGAGCUAAGGCGGCCCUGCUGUGCACUGCUACAGGUUCCUUGGCAGUGAUGGGUAGGAGUUACUCUUUCCAGUUUGUCUGGCCUGAGAGAAAGGAGCUGUGCUUUUGAAUCACCUACCUAGUCAGAUCAGGCAGAAGCCUGCAAAGGAGGAGGUCAGGUGGUUAAGGUACAGAGAGGAGAGGUGGGAGGCACAGUGUAAUAAGGUGGCUUGCCCCCUGAGUGGGGGAGCCUGGGGCUAAGCUAACCUGGUUACAAAAUGAGCCCUACCUACAGGGAAUCAGGCAUUUCCCCAUAAAGAGCAGAAGGUGGUAGCAGUAAUGGGCACAAGAGCCAGGCUUAGGUGGUGAUAAAGCCCAGCUGGGGAAAGGUUUGGAAAGACAGCUCAGAGUAUAAGGAAAGCUCUGCAGGCAGAGACCCAUACCAAACAGGGCAGAGAUGCAGAGGGUAACUUAAAAGGUGGGGUAGGAAGUGGUCCAGGGAAAACUGUUGUAUAGGUAAUGGAGGAGACUUGGCUGUUCAGUACAUGGCCCUGGAGUAGAGGAUGGGAUUGGGUUCUCCUAUUGGCCCCAGUGGAGGGGCAUAGAAGCCCACCACAAGUUUUACAGAGUUUAGCAAGGGGACUACCGGCUGAGUCCAAGACAGGUUGGGGAAGAGCCCCAGAGAGGAAGAAGGAUUUUUUAAGACAUUUUGAGGACUUUCAGUUUGAACAGUUAUGACCCCAGAAGAGAUGGCUCAAGAUGGUGUCCCACCCAGAGGGCCAAGUCACUGAGGGAGGAACCAUUGGAGUGGAGCGACCAGCUGCUGCCAUACCUGGCCAUGAGGGGGUGCCUAGGGAAGACAAAACUGACCUUGAAAACAGUGUGAUGCAGAAGAAAAUUAAAAUCCCCAAACUCUCUCUCAAUCACGUAGAAGAAGCUGGGGAGGUUACAGAUUAUGGGGAAGAAGAUGUGGAGCUUAGACACAGUAAGAGACAAGAUGGAAGGAAACAAAGUGAAGGUACCCACAAAAGCAUCGAAGCAGUUGUUGCUCGCCUAGAAAAGCAAAAUGGGAUGAGUCUCAGUAGUAGUUCGAGCCCUGAGGAAACCUUUAUGGAGACUUCGGAAGGCAUUAACAACAUGGACGAUGCUGUAAUUCCUCGUGUUCUCUAUGAAGAAUUGCUGAGGAGUUACCAACAGCAGCAAGAAGAAAUGAGACACAUUCAGCAAGAACUUGAGAGAACACGGAGACAGCUUGUGCAGCAGGCAAAAAAGCUAAAGGAGUAUGGGGCAUUAGUGUCAGAAAUGAAAGAGCUCAGAGACUUGAACAGGAGACUUCAGGAUGUGCUGCUUCUGAGAUUAGGCAGUGGUCCUGCCAUUGAACUUGAAAAAGGAAAACCAGAAUCAAUUGAGCCUGAGCCUGAGAUACAGAAAACAUUCAGUGAGGAAGCGAAUACAUCAACAUACUAUCCUGCCCCUGUUCCAGUAAUGGACAAGUAUAUUCUCGAGAACGGAAAGGUCCAUUUGGGCAGUGGAAUCUGGGUAGAUGAGGAGAAAUGGCACCAGCUGCAAGUAACACAAGGAGAUUCAAAGUAUACAAAAAACCUAGCGGUAAUGAUUUGGGGAACAGAUGUUCUCAAGAACAGAAGCGUCACAGGAGUUGCAACCAAAAAAAAGAAAGAUGCAGUUCCCAAGCCACCUCUCUCACCUCACAAAUUAAGCAUUGUCAGAGAUCAUAACAAGAAACAUUUGGAUGCAGUAGCAGCACAAGAAGAUUUGGCCAUGGCUUCAACAAAAAAAUCAAAUCUGCCCCCCAUGAUUGAUAGCCGAUUUACGGAAAAGGAUCUCAAUGAUGUCUUUACUUUUGAAUUUGAAAAGCCCAAAUUUGGGCUUUUGGGAAAAGCAAAGAAGAAAUCAGCAACGUGCAAGGUGGAAAAGGAAGUGAAUGGUGAGCUCAAACCAUGUAGCUUCAAGACAAGUGAAGCAAGUGCCGUGAAAAGUUUCAACCUUUGGCGGCAUGUAAAACGUAACCAUCCUGAAAACUAUGCAGCUCUGGUUACAAAAAAGGACCAGGAAGAUGAGGCAAAACAGAAAGCUGACGCAGCUAAACGACAUUCAUCUGGCUCUUUGAAAACUCGUGGAGAAAAGAUUUUUUGUGGAGCUUCAUCUGAAAAGAAACCCAAAAUUGAGCAAACAAAACUUGACUCAUAUUCGAAGUCCUCAAAGGUUACAGUCACCAUGGAUGCCAAUACUUUCCGUGAAGGGCUGAUGGAAAUGGUUUGCUUGAGUUCAACACCGCUCGCUACCUUCAGGCUAAAGAACAAGGGAUUCCAAAAAAUUGCAGGUGAAAUGGGUCGGCAGCUUGGCAUUUCGACGGGGCAUGAUGCGGUUCGUCAUUUAGUUGUCAGCACAGCUGAGUCGGGUCGCGAAGAGCUCAAGAAAGCUUUGGAGCAAAAAUUGUGCUACCUGAAAAUGGAUGCAGCAACCCGUGGAAACAGAAAUUUCCUUGCAAUCAACGCUCAGUACUACGAAGAAAGAAAAGAUAAAGCUGUGGUAAAAACCUUGGACAUAAUCGACACUGAAGGGCGUCACAAUUCUUUGUAUGUCAAAAGUCAAGUAAAAGCUAUUUUAGAAAAAUUUGGGAUCAGUGAAAUGCAAGUGCUGAGCAUCUGUGUUGACAAUGCAGCAAACAUGACGUGUGCUGUCAAAAAUUUCAGCGAGGAUGAUGAAACCAUUUCUACCUCUGAGAACAGGGAUGUGGACAGAACUGAAGCUAUUUUGCCUGAUGAAGGAACUAAAGGAAUGGAUGAAAUCGAACUCAACGUCAUGGAUGCUGCUGCACAAUGGGUUAAUGAUCCUAGCCUCAUACUUCCAACAUGGCUUUAUGAGGACGACUCAAAAGUCCAACUGAUGAGGAGUGGUAUUCACACUCUUCAGUUGGCAAUCUGGGAUGGACUGAACAAAGAACAUGCGAAGAAAUUUCUGGCAAAAAUUCGACAAGUCGUUGUCAAACUACAAACCCCAAGUAUUCGAAGUGUUCUGCUUGAUCUACAUGGGGUAACUCAAUCAUUGGAUACUGUGAGUUGCUGGGGUUCAACAUUUGCGAUGAUUGAUCAGCUUCUUGUUUUUCAGUCUUACUGUGAACAAAUGGCUGCUGCUGGAACAAGAGAACUCAAGUUAACAAAAGCCGAAUGGGACGAAGUGAAGAACCUGCGAGACCUCUUGGCAAAGCCAAACCAAACAACCAUGAAUCUUCAAGCUGUUGAUGUAACCCCGGGAGUUUUAAUGAAGGAAUGGCGAAAACUGUCAAAAUUCUUGCAAGGAAAUGGUGGACAGAUUGCAGAAGGAAUUCUAUCCUCCAUGCAGAAACACGAAGAGAAGCUUUUUGACAAUAUUCAUUUUCUUGCUGGAGUUUAUGUUGACCCACGGUAUCGGAUUCUUCUUACCUCAAGGGAAAUACCAAAGGCAAAGGAAGGCCUCCUUGAUAUUGCUCGACGUCUCGAAAAACAAAAUCUAUUGCUACAUUUGAACUUGGCGAAAGAGGUUGAAGAAAAGGAAACACAACAAAAGGAGUCAACAAUCAAAUUUGCGGUUUCUGAAAGUUCAUAUCCUUUAGAAAUACCAGGUUGUUCUCAAACUUCCGUCUCCUCUCUGAACUUGUUCAAGCAUCCAUCCCUGAGAUGUCUUCAACCAUCACGGGGGAAUGGAGAUAAUUCAAGCAUCAAUUCUUCAGAAGAUGACGACUUCGAAAAGGAAUUGGAUAAACAAGAAAGACGCCAGCGAGUUUCUGCGAUUCAUAAUUGUAAUGAAGCAUUAUUCGAGAGAAACUUUUGGGAAGAUUGUGAGGCGAUGGAGUCUAUUGGUAGGCUAAAAGUUAAGUCUGUUUUUGAGGCCAUUCACAGCUACCCACACCGCAUUCAGGCUGCCUGUAGAAUUGCUUCAAGCAUGCCAACAACUCAAGCUAGUGUAGAGCGACUGUUUUCAACUUUAAAGUUCAUUUUAAAUGAUUUGCGGCAGCCUAUGAAAGAUGACUUGAUUGCUGCAAUAAUUUUUUACAGAAUGAAUUAUGAAUGAUUCUAGUUUGUAUCAUUGAUAUUUAAAUUGUUUUAAAAGUCUGAAUAAAAAUGUUUUCAAAAUUACA